UGGCCGAGUCGAGCUCAUUGCACGGUAUAACAAAAAUUGUGACGUCACGCCAGGUUAUUGUCAAAGUCUUGUGGAGUUUACUGGUCCUCACCUCUUUCUCAGUAUUUACCAUUCAACUUUAUUAUCUGUUCAGGACCUACUAUUCGUACCCAUCUCAGACUUCAGUGUCACUAGACUUUAGUCCAAUAGCUUUCCCAGCUAUAACACUGUGUAACAUGAACCCCGUACGCAAAUCAGAACUGCACAAAUCAGAUGCUUUACAGCCUAUUCUAAAACCAUUAGCAGAUCAGAUUAUGAAAAGACGACGUCGAGAUGCAGCCAAAACAGAACAAAAACCGAUGUCCAAUGAUACGUUAGAGGAAAUACCUGUCGGCAAUUUAGAACGAUCAGCAACGUCUGAGGAAGAAGGCUUCAACCAAAUAAAAUAUCAAGAUAAAAAGUUUCUACCAGAUAGAAAAAACACCGAUGACUCACAAAAAGGUAUCUAUGUGGAAAACGAAAGAGUGAGCACAGGUGAUCCCAAACAACAUCGCCCUAAUUUAGAUAGUCAUAACCAACAAGUAUAUUCUAAAACAAGGACUGAAGAGCAGCCUACAUUUUACUCAGGAAACGAUCAUCAUCAGUUAACAGAUAAUAAAAACGAUUACCUGUAUAAGAUGCUGCAAACAAUCAGACCAACUCCAACAAAAAUAGAUAAUGAAAUUCCCGUUACAUUUCGUGAUCCUGCUGAUGCUGGUACUCACGUUCGCUUCAAUCAAAUCAUAUUUGAUUCACCACCUGAUUCAAUGCAAAAGCUAAAACCUACAUUUGAUCGCAUUGAUAGACGUAAAAGAGAAGCUGGUACCUCAUCAAACCAGUUAGACACCUCAUCGUCAGAACUAUACACCAUCACCAAUGAGAUGUCAAAUAUAGAACAAACUGCGUCACUGAUUUACAUGUCCACAGAAACUGAUAUAGCCAUAGAACCGAGUACACCAUACCCGAUUUUCGAUUCACAACUAAGCAUGACUAAUCUAUACUCUUCAUUUGAAACACAUUCGACUGAUUUGACAAGUAGUAGCAAUAACUUUUACUUGAAGUCAUACUCCGGGGGUUACUCAGGUUCAUACUCUGGGAGUUACUCAGGUUCAUACUCUGGGAGUUACUCAGGUUCAUACUCUGGGAGCUAUUCGGACUAUUAUGAUUACGGUGGGAGUUGGUCUGGCUGGUAUGAUUACAGCUAUGGUUAUGGCUACAGCAAUGGUUAUGGCUACAGCUAUGGUUACUAUUAUGAUCAGCUCAGUGCGGCUAAAGACAAGUGGGAUGAGCGGGUUGAAAACUUUAGACAGGUUAUAAAGAACGAAAGUUUGUAA